AUGAGUGGAGUCCUUCCGAUGAAAAUCGGAAACUUGAAACAAUUGGUUGAAUUGGAUGUCUCGAGUAAUGUUUUGGACGGCGAAGUCCCUGGCAGUCUAGGCAAUUGUGAUGGAUUGACCGUACCAAGAAUGCAAGGUAAUCUCUUCCAUGGAUACAUUCCUCAACCAAUUAGAUCAUUAAAAAGUAUUGAGGAAUUAGAUCUUUCCAACAACAGCUUCUAUGGUGAAAUCCCAAAGUUCUUAGAGGCAUUUCGGUAUUUGAAAAUGCUGAAUUUAUCUUACAAUCAUUUGGAAGACCAGCUACCAACUCAAGGAGUUUUUAGGAAUGUGAGUGCGACUUUUGUUGCCGGAAAUGACAAGCUUUGCGGAGGAAUGCCUGAAUUUGAGCUCCACAAGUGUGUCUCUCGAAACUCCAAAAGUAGAGGAGUCGUCCAAAAGUUGAAACUCACUGCUGCCAUCCUUUUUGGUCUUCUUGGAGUAACUCUCGUCAUCACUUUCCUAUAUCUAUGUUGGUUGAAGCAGAAAAGAAAUGAGCCGAUUUCAAGCUGCCUGGAUGAUUCAUCGUUGAAUCUGUCUUAUGGAACUCUCCUAAAAGUGACCGAUGGUUUUUCUUCGACUAACUUGAUUGGGGCCGGAACUUUUCGGUCCGUCUACAAGGGGCUGCAACAUGGUGCUCUUAAGAGCUUCAAAGCUAAGUGUGAGGCUUUAAAGUGUAUAAAACACAUAAAUCUUCCGAAACUCUUGACGGCGUGCUUAGGUAUUGAUUAUAAGGGUGAUGAGUUUAAGGCCUUAGUUUACGAGUUCAUGGUCAAUGGUAGCCUACAAGAGUGGUUGCACCCAAAUCCAGCUCCAAAUGAUGUUGACGGGAACUUGAAGAAAUUGAGUCUCGUCCAAAGGGUAAACAUUUCCAUUGAUGUGGCUUCCGCAUUGGAUUAUCUCCAUAAUCAAUGUGACAGCCCAAUAAUUCAUUGUGAUCUAAAGCCAAGCAAUGUUCUUCUAGAUGCUGACAUGGUUGGACAUGUUGGUGACUUUGGGUUGACGAAAGUUGUCCUCGAACCCAUGCCCGACACUAGAGCAAAUAUGAGUUCUGCUGGUUUAAGAGGAACAAUUGGUUAUGCCGCUAUCGAAAUGUUCACGGGAUUAAGUCCCACCAGCGACAUAUUCAGAGAUAAUUUGAAUCUUCAUAAUUUUGUUGAUGAGGCUCUGCCCGAACGAGCUAUGGAGAUUACUGAUCCUGUGCUUCUUCACGAACGAGAGAGCUACAACAGUUCUCUAGAUUCACUUGACGAAAGAAACCACAUAUUCCAGGAAUGUUUGGAAACAAUAUAUAGUAUUGGACUUGCUUGCUCAGUCGAGGAGGCCAGAAGACGCAUGAGCAUCGACAAAGUUGCAGCCCAGCUGCACUCGAUGAGGAAGAAACUUUUUGCAGCUUCUUUACCUGCAAGGAUGAGACACGGAUAG